CGGAGUACUGGAUACUCCAAUGAUGUCAACUCUUCUUCCUUCAUUACAGUCUUGUUUAAAUGCAAAUGGCCGUUUGUUCGGAAAAUUCGCCCACCUGCCUAUACUCUCCUAAUCCUUCCCCUCCAUUACAUUUUUGAGAUUCACUUUAUCAAAUCUCAUUUGUAAUUAUUUACGAGUAUUUAUUAAAUAUCUACAAGAGAUAGGUCUAGUUAUGGCUUCUUCCUCCCCUGAGCCUUCUGCGAGACCUGAAGGAAGCAGUGGCAAUGAUGUUUGUGGUGGAGAGUCAUCAGAAACAGCAGGGCCGGCAGGAAGCGAUCAGCUAUCUUUGUACAGACUACUGAAGAAAGCAAAAAAAGAGAGAGUCUGCACGGCUAAGGAGCGUAUCAGCAAAAUGCCCCCAUGCGCUGCUGGCAAGAGAAGCUCUGUAUAUCGUGGUGUCACUAGGCAUAGAUGGACUGGUCGUUAUGAAGCUCAUCUUUGGGACAAAAGCACCUGGAAUCAAAAUCAAAAUAAGAAAGGAAAACAAGUUUACUUAGGUAAGUAGUUUGUGUGUACUCUUUUCUUAGAAGUCAAAACAUCAAGGGAUCAGACUAAUUUUAACCAUAUGUGGUUUAAAAUGUCUAUAGGAGCAUAUGAUGAUGAAGAGGCGGCAGCUAGAGCAUAUGAUCUUGCUGCUUUGAAAUAUUGGGGCCCUGGAACACUCAUUAAUUUUCGAGUAACAGACUAUACUAGGGACCUCGAAGAGAUGCAAAAUCUUUCAAGGGAGGACUAUCUUGCGUCACUUAGAAGAAAGAGCAGUGGUUUCACCCGAGGAAUAUCUAAAUAUCGUCCACCCUCCUGUCGCCGAGAUUCACAAUUUGGCCAUUUACGAGAAGCUAAUGAUUUCAGCAGCAAACCUCACGGUGAUGAUGUCACUGCAGAAAAUGAACAUAUAGGCGGUUUUUGCAUGGACCAAAAAAUAGAUUUGUCAAGCUAUAUCAAGUGGUGGGGACCCACCACCAAAGUUCAGGCAUUGGAGGAACCAAAACAGGGCUGUUCUGAGGAUUGUAGCAGUAAUGAAGUAUUGGAAAUGACGGUUCAUCCAACUCAACCCUAUGAGAUGCCGCGUUUGGGGCUAUCACAGAAAGGAGGGAAAAGUAAUCGGAAAGGCACCACCACCUCCACACCAACUAUUAUGAGCAUAUUGUCACAAUCUGCUGCUUACAAGAGUUUGCAAGAGAAAGCAUCAAAGAAUAAAGAAAAAGAUGAGGAUGAUAAGAACAAUAGUGAUAAUUACGGGAAAACAAUUGAGAUACUAAAUGAUGGUAGUGGUGGGGGGAGGAAUAGUGGGCUUGGAGCUUUGUUUGGUGGGACUGGGAGUAGUAGAGGAUUAGCAAUGAUUAAUAGAAACUUGAAUCCGCUGACUCCUAUCUUGUCUGCUCCUCUAAUGACCAACUACAAUGGGGGUGGUAUAGAUGCCUUGGCAGAUCCGGUUCUUUGGUCGCCUCUUGUUGCCUCUGUUUUUCCUUCUGGAUCAACAUCUUCACAUGCGGCCACACAGAUCACAAAGCAAGAGUAGGUUUCAGAUUAUACCUUUUUCCAGCAAGGUGAUUGAAUUUUAUUCAAUAAGUUCGUCGAAAGCCUUGAACAAAGUUGGGCUAACAAACUCCAGUUUUCAUAUGUUAUGUGAACUCGGGUCUCGGGAGUUCUCAUAAUGGUAGUGUGUGGACAUAUUCCUGUAUGUAAAGAUGUAAAAUAGUGUAUACUUUUUAAUUCGUUUAUUUGUUCUUUAAUAUUAGAAACCAGUUUCUGAUGCAUCUCUGUUUUUGUUGUUGUAGACUUGUAGUGACUCAUUUUCUCAAACGUCAUUUGCUUUCUUAGUAUGUUGGCGUUUACUUUUUAUGUUAAUCAUUUUUUGCUUAUUUCCUUUCA